AUGCUUGGAAUCUUCAACUACCAGAAAUCGUCGUCAAGCGUCGUGAGCAGCACACUCUACGCUUUACGGAUGUCAAAGCAAGCUCGCGAUAUCCUCGGAGAUGAAAUUUACUUCGCGCACAGAGUUCCUUGGAUUAGCGGCACCAUGAACCAGCUACACGGGCGAAUUGACAUAUCGUACUGGGUUAAAGGCACAAAAUCAAAAGGCAAGAUGAGAUUUAAGAGUAUCCGGCCUGAUCGCCUGAGCUAUUUCCGUACCGAGGAAUGGACUUUGGAGACUGAGGAUGGAAGAGUCAUACAACUACUCACGCCAGAUCAGGACCCAUUUGCGGGUUUGUCUGACUAA